GAGAACUUCCUAGUUGGGUUUUACUUUGUGUAAAUAAACCGGAGGCAGAGUUUUAGCCAACGCGACGUGUAUGUGGAAAACCCCGGUUCCUCUCCAGUACCGGUUAAAACUCCAACUCUCUCGCUUUUUUUGUUUUCUUUUCUUCUCUAUCGACUGUUUCUGGGUGUAAAAUGACUUUCUGUAGACUUCUCUCGGUGGUUCUUUUACCGAUAUUUUGGGUGUUCGUGUCCGCGGCGGAGGAUGCGACCAAAGCCGCCACCGGCACCACCGCGGCGCCCAGACCGGCUUUGACCAACUCCAGCGGGGUGAACUCCACACACAGUGGCGGUAAGAGCAACGAUGUGGCGUUCACCGGCCUCAACGUGGACAGCUCGAUGAUUCAGAGGGCCCUGUACGUCCUCAUCGGCAUCACCAUGAUCGGAGUCUUCUACUUCCUCAUCCGAGCUGUGCGGCUGAAAAAACCCACCCACAAGAAGAAGUACGGCCUGCUGUCCGACUACGACGACUCUGUGGAGAUGGAUGCGGUGGACAGUGACGAAGACGACACUCUGUAUGAAGCUCGCAGCCUCCGCAGAUGAGUCCAGCUUGGAUCAGACGAGUGGAAGGUAUCGGUAAGGAGGCUGCAGGUGAAAUUGAUUAUGGAUUGGGAGAGAGAGGACUGACCGGUGACUGCUGGAGGAAGAAAAAUGGACCAAAUAUAAUUAUUAUUAUUAUUAUUAUUGUUAUUACUGUUGCAGACAAAUGCCAAAGCUUGAGCUGCUCCAGAGGCUGAGCAGGAUAAUAGAUAUUUUUUUAAAGUGUUGGAAGAUGUCAUCAGUGUGGUGAAGUUGUUGCCAUGGAGAAGCAGGAUGUUCUCUGACGCCAAAUUUCCCUCCUCUGUUUAUAAUUAUUAUUAUUAUUUCUUUUUCUAAGAGUUUCAUUUGUCUUGUUUUUCACUUUGUGCUUUAACUACUGUAAACUGACUCCAGACCAGCUGAUAGAACUGAUCAGACAGCAGCAGUUAUUGAUCAGACAGCAGCAGUGAUUGAUCUGAAGGCCUGUGAUUGAUCAGGAUUUUCCCUCCUGACGGACUCUGACCCUCCACGCUGCACAGAUCUGACCCGUGUGCUGUUAAAGGAAUCUGAUGUGACUGGUCUGUUCAAGCUGAAAUCUGCUGUUAAAAGAAAAUGAUGAUUGAUUUCCUGUGUGGGCGGAGCUAACAUCACACUUUCCACCUCUGGUGUAGAGAAGCAGAGAACGAGGACUCGCACUAAAUAACAUUUACUGUAAUCUGAGACUGAGUUUGUCCCAUUAUUUUAAUUACUCAGUCCUACGUUUAACCAAGUCCAGCUUGCAGGGCCCUGAACACACCACAGACUCUAACAGACCAGGACCCCAGAACUGCGUUCACAGACGCAUCUCUUCGACAGCCGAGUUCUUCAUUACUCAGAGAGACUCAGACAGCAUCACAUCAUAGAAAUCAGAAUAAACACAUCAUCAUUAAACAAC